AUGGUUACCUUCGACCGGGCUCGGGAUGCCAAUCUUGUGUGGAAACAUGGGAUCGUGCACACCUGUGUUGACGGGAAGCGCAUCAACUUAGACUGGCAGCACCAGGUGGACCCUGCUUACGUGAAGGUGCCCGCGGCUGACCCGCUGCUAGUUGAAGUUCUAUUUAAAGGGGUGGGCGCAGUGAUCACGCCGGAGAUGCUCUGCGAUAUGCUAGUGAAGGUGAAGUUGGAGAAGCGCGGACGGUCGGCUUUCAAAGAAGGGAGCUGUUUCCACAGGGUGGUGAAUUCUGUCACAGGGAUGGACACAGAUAAGGUUAAGGUCUUGGUAAAUCAGCAUGAGGAGGAUAACUACCAUUGGCGCCAUCUGAUCGAGGAUCCAACCUCCUAUGCUAAGCGGCUGCUGGUGCAUUACCCCUCCCUGGACUCGACAGCUGCAGCAGUGGGAGACAAAGGAGGAGGAGGAGCAAAGGGAGGAAAGUACACUGGCCACCCCCAUACCUGCCACCCCACAGCGCGCCCCUCAGGUCGCCUCGACGGACGACGGGAAUUGGGGGGGAGGGGAGAAAAAGGGGGGGGGGGGGACGGGGCCGGGGCCGCGACGAGGGGCGGGGCCGCGACGGUCGGGGCGGGGCCGCGACAUAGGGCGGGGCCGCGACGUAGGGCGGGGCCGCGACAUAGGGCGGGGCCGCAACGUUGGGCGGGGCCGCGAAGGUAG